UAAUGCCUUGGUCUCUCUGGGUUCUGCAACUGCGAUUGAGUCAUCUUGGAUCUCCAUGAAUUAUUUACUUGUAAAAUCACCAUACAUCAAUAUAAAGCGGGUUACUAAAUGAUGCAAGUCUUGUCGGUUGUGAGAUUCAAAUUUGGUUUCACUUCAGUCAGGAUGAGGAAUUGGUCGGUGGGAAUCUGCAUCAUGGUUCUUACAUUGAUAUUUAUCAUCCGUUAUGAACAGCCUGAUCACAAACUUGCAACAAAUCAUACAAUGGAUGAUUCUAGUAUAGAAGGAGAGAGUGUUGAGGAACCAGCAAAGAAGCCACAUUUUAUGACUUUGGAAGAUCUUGAUUAUCUCUUUUCAAACAUGAGCAUCUCUGGAGGAGAAGAAGAAGAAGUGUUGAAUGGUUUGCUUGUAUGGUCUCGUAUGCGUCCAUUUCUUGAAAGGCCUGAUGCUCUGCCAGGAACUGCUCAGGGGAUCGAAGAAGCUACAUUGGCAAUGAAAGAUUUGGUUUUUCUGAUCAGUAAAGAGAAAGGAGCAUCUUCUGAUUUGGUCUCCAAGGAACUUGGAAGAAACUGUCCUGAUUUUGUCACAGCAUAUGAUGGGGAUUUGUCUGGUUUAAGGCAUGUACUUGAGCUUCCGUGUGGUUUAAUUGAAGAUUCUUCAAUAACUUUGGUUGGUAUUCCUGAUGAGAAGUCUAGAAGGUUCCAGAUUCAGCUUGUUGGCUCGGGAUUAUCAGGAGAAACCCGUCGUCCAAUUAUCUUGCGUUACAAUGUAAAUUUUUCUAACCCAUCCAUAGUGCAAAAUACAUGGACGGAAAAGCUCGGUUGGGGAAACGAAGUGCGGUGCCCAUAUCAUGGAUCAUUUAAAAAUCAUUUAGUCGAUGAACUUCCUCUCUGCAACAAACAGACCGGUAGAAUCACUUUGGAGGAGAGUUCCAACGAUAAGGAAAAUAUGGAUUCUUCUCUUUCAAAUUCUAAUUUUCCGUUUCUCAAAGGGAGUCCCUUUACUGCCACAUUGUGGUUUGGCGUAGAAGGUUUUCAUAUGACAAUUAAUGGGCAGCACGAGACUUCGUUUGCUUACAGGGAGAAGUUCGAGCCAUGGUUAGUCAGCGCUGUCAAGGUCUCAGGUGAUCUGAAAAUGUUAUCUGCGUUAGCCACAAGACUGCCCAUUCCGGAUGACCAUGCUUCUUUAACCGUAGAAGAGAACCUUAAAGCCCCAUCUCUUUCUGGGACAAGAAUCGAAUUAUUGGUGGGUGUUUUCUCCACUGGAAAUAAUUUUAAGCGGCGUAUGGCAUUGAGAAGAUCUUGGAUGCAAUAUGAGGCAGUAAGAUUUGGCAAAGUGGCUGUUCGAUUUCUCAUAGGCCUUCACACAAAUGAAAAAGUCAAUAUAGAGAUGUGGAAAGAAGCUAAGGCAUAUGGAGACAUUCAGUUUAUGCCUUUUGUUGACUACUACGGUUUACUUAGCUUGAAAACAGUUGCGCUUUGUAUUCUCGGGACCAAAGUCAUCCCAGCAAAAUACAUAAUGAAGACGGAUGAUGAUGCGUUUGUGCGGAUAGAUGAACUACUAUCAAGUCUAAAAGAAAAGCCGUCUAGUGCCCUAUUGUACGGCUUGAUAUCAUUUGCUUCAUCACCGGACCGUGAACAACGCAGCAAAUGGUUUAUCCGUAAAGAGGAAUGGCCUUUAGAGUCAUACCCUCCAUGGGCACAUGGCCCCGGCUACAUCAUUUCUCAUGAUAUCGCGAAAUUUGUGGUGAAGGGUCACCGUCAAAGAGAUCUUAGACUUUUCAAGCUGGAAGAUGUGGCGAUGGGGAUUUGGAUUCAACAAUUCAACCAGACAAUAAAAAGAGUGAAGUACAUCAAUGAUAAAAGAUUUCAUAACAGUGGCUGUAAAUCGAGUUACAUUCUUGUUCAUUACCAAACUCCUCGACUAAUUUUGUGUCUCUGGGAGAACCUGCAAAAGGAGAAACAAUCUAUUUGCUGUGAAUAAAUCUCUCAAGCAUGUAACUUAAAUAAAGUGUAUUUUUUCUUUUCUACUUGUAUAGAUCAAAAUUCUUACGAUUAUUACAUAAAAGAGAAUUCAUA